AGUCUAUCACCUUCACCGUAGUCCAGGCCCCCCGUCACGGCACCAUGGAGCGGACCAACAACGGACAGCACUACCGUCAGACCAACAGCUUCACCAUGGACGACGUCUACCAGAACAGAAUCAGCUACAAUCACGAUGGAUCCAACUCACUGAAGGACAGAUUCACCUUCACUGUAGCUGACGGGACUAACGUCUUCUUUAUGGUGGAGGAGGCAGGCAAAGAGGUGUUGACUGCUGCACCCCAGAUGUUUAAGAUCGACAUUCUACCUGUUGAUGAUGGAACACCUCGUAUCGUCAUAAACCUGGGUCUGCAGUGGCUGGAGUACACAGACAACAAGGUAAACACAGACUGGUUCUGGAGGUCACAGACAACAAGAAACUCCUCCACGGUGAGUGACAGUAGCUUCAGUAACACACCUAAAGCCCUGCUGAAGUGA